AUGUCGCGAAUCAGCAUUCCCAUCGAUGCCAUCACCUCGAGGAUGAACCUCUCUGGCCGCUUUGAGGGCAUGGGUUCCCAGUCUCUCACCUCGCGCUUUGCCAACCUGCGACCCAUCGGCGAGUUCUUCGACUUCAAGCGCAUCUCCAAACCCGCCAAUUUUGGCGAGGCUCAAGGAAGAAUCAACCACAACCUGAGUUACUUCUCGAGCAACUAUGCCGCCAUCUUUGUAAUGCUCAGCAUCUACAGUCUGAUCUCGAAUCUUCAGCUGCUCUUCGCCAUCGUCUUCAUCGUUGGUGGCAUGUUCGGUAUUGGCAAGCUUCAAGGCAAUGAUCUUGUCAUUGGCAACUGGCGCGCUACCACGUCUCAGCUCUACACCGGUCUGUUCAUCGUAGCCAUUCCCCUUGUUUUCUUGGGUUCACCCUUCUACACUUUUGUUUGGCUCGUAGGAGCCUCUGGUGUCACCAUCCUUGGUCACGCCACUAUGCUCGACAAACCAAUCGAGUCAGCUUUUUCAGAGGAGGCGGUCUAGCCGGUCGGCCGCGAACUCC